AUGUCCAUUCCUAGUGGAAACGGCCUUCCUCCUUCUCCUCCAAACUCUACAGAGGGGGAGCUCUGCCUUGAGAAGAUUGAAAGCAACCCAGCAUAUCCUCCAGUUCCAGUGUACGGGCAUGGGAGUAGCGACGGUAUGGACUACAUGAAGCUUCCCUACCACAACACAGUCCAUCAGGACCCUUCCGCGGUGUACUCACCCCCGCCUUACUACUCUCACAGUGUUCCCUCUUCUUUUUCGAUGGGGAUGCCGGGCCCUCAAGUGAACACUCCUCCGACUACAGUUGAUGAUGAGUCCAUCCAAGGAAGAGUGCAGUCGCAUUCGCCAGUAUGGACCUCACCACGCCGUCAUGCACCAACUCCGAAAGCUAAGCUUAGCAAGUCGCCGCGUGAAAGGCGACGGACUGCCCAGCGAGAUCCAACUAAGAACUCGCGCAGCGUUCCUAUUACAGGACCCCUUAGUGAGAUCACAAAGCACAUGACCGAUAUCCCCUUGAAGGAUAUGAGUACCUAUGUGAUUCGGUCAAAAGAGGAACGUCUGAAAGAGGCUCGUGAUAAGGGAAAGGUCCCGAGGCCUAUGAACUCUUUCAUGCUGUACAGAUCUUCGUAUGCACCCCGCAUCAAAGUCUUCAUUGGCCAGACCAACCACCAAGAAGUUUCAAGGGCUGCGGGCUGUGGCUGGAAGAUGGAGCCGAUCGAGAUCCGGGAGAUGUACGAGGAGUUUGCACGGACAGAGCGUGACAACCACGCUGCUACCCACCCUGAAUACAAAUUUAAGCCCCAAAAAGGCCCAGCAACCACCAAAGUCGUUGGGGAACUUACGCCCCCCCUUAUCGAUCGGGCUUGGAAUGGACUCUGGCAGCCCUGGCCAUUGGGAAGAUCACGAAUUAUCCCUCCUCGAACCUCAUCCCCAUUCGACUAUACGGAGCCUCCUAGCAGCUCUUACAUCAACUCUUGGGGGUCGCCUCACCCGGGUACCAACAUGCCGACCGUUCAUCCCAGUGCUCUCCACAACAGCAUGGGCUCGCAAGUCGAAGACGUGUCCUUCCGCCGCACCCCAGCCCCUAGCGAGAUGCAGUAUGGAAUCACUAGCAGCCUGACAGGUCUCCCAGGCGGCACACACCACGACUUAUUGCAGCCUCCGUCAACUCAGUCCCUCCAUCCCCCCAUCAAUGAGACUGCCAACCUCGACCCGCAGAUGCUCAGUUACGAUAGCAUGUCCGCCGGUAUUGCAGUAUCCAUGGGUGACCCCUAUAACACCACGCCGAGCCCCUUCCCUAUCUGGCCUGGUGAAACCAACUGCUACCUUCCUUCAACUGGAGCCGUCUCCAGCUCCGCUCAAUACAAUGUCCCAAUCGGGGCCACUUACCUACCCAACCUGCAGCGAAACCCUUCUUGGGACGCAACUCAGCAUGAUAAUAAUGAAAUCACUGAGGCGGAUUGGGCAGAUGGCGGAGCUUCAAACCUUUGGAAGGUUGAAGAAGUAUGA